AUGGUGCAGCAAACCAACAACGCCGAGAACACGGAAGCGCUGCUCGCCGGCGAGAGCUCGGACUCGGGCGCCGGCCUCGAGCUGGGCAUCGCCUCCUCCCCCACGCCCGGCUCCACCGCCUCCACGGGCGGCAAGGCCGACGACCCGAGCUGGUGCAAGACGCCGAGUGGGCACAUCAAGCGGCCCAUGAACGCCUUCAUGGUGUGGUCGCAGAUCGAGCGGCGCAAGAUCAUGGAGCAGUCGCCCGACAUGCACAACGCCGAGAUCUCCAAGCGGCUGGGCAAACGCUGGAAGCUGCUCAAAGACAGCGACAAGAUCCCUUUCAUUCGGGAGGCGGAGCGGCUGCGCCUCAAGCACAUGGCUGACUACCCCGACUACAAGUACCGGCCCAGGAAGAAGGUGAAGUCCGGCAACGCCAACUCCGGCUCCGCGGCCGCCGCCGCCUCCAAGCCCGGGGAGAAGGGCGACAAGGUCGGUGGCAGCGGCCACGGGGGCGGCGGCGGCGGGGGCGGCCACGCGGGGGGAGGAGGCGGCGGCGGCGCGAGCGGCGGCGGCGCCAACUCCAAACCCGCUCAGAAAAAGAGCUGCGGCUCCAAAGUGGCGGGCGGCGGGGUCGGCAAGCCCCACGCCAAGCUCAUCCUGGCAGGCGGCGGCGGGAAGGCGGCGGCGGCGGCCGCCUCCUCCUCUUCCUCUUCGUCGUCGUCGUCCUCGUUCGCCGCCGAGCAGGCGGGGGCCGCCGCCCUGUUGCCCCUGGGCGCCGCCGCCGCCGCGGCCGCCGACCACCACUCGCUGUACAAGGCGCGGACUCCCGGCGCCUCGGCCUCGGCCUCCGCGGCGGCCUCGGCUUCGGCCGGCCUGGCGGCGCCGGGCAAACACCUGGCGGAGAAGAAGGUGAAGCGCGUCUACCUGUUCGGCGGCCUGGGCGCGUCGUCCUCGCCCGUCGGCGGCGUGGGCGCGGGCGCCGACCCCAGCGACCCCCUGGGCCUGUACGAGGAAGGGGGCGCCGGUUGCUCGCCCGACGGGCCGAGCCUGAGCGGCCGCAGCAGCGCCGCCUCGUCGCCGGCCGCCGGCCGCUCGCCCGCCGACCACCGUAGCUACGCCAGCCUGCGCGCCGCCUCGCCCGCCCCGUCCAGCGCGCCCUCGCACGCGUCCUCGUCGGCCUCCUCGUCGUCGUCGUCGUCCUCGUCCUCCUCGUCCUCGGGUUCGUCGUCCUCUGACGACGAGUUCGAGGACGACCUGCUCGACCUGAACCCCAGCUCAAACUUUGAGAGCAUGUCCCUGGGCAGCUUCAGCUCGUCGUCGGCGCUGGACCGGGAUCUGGAUUUUAACUUCGAACCCGGCUCCGGCUCACACUUCGAGUUCCCGGACUACUGCACGCCCGAGGUGAGCGAGAUGAUCUCGGGAGACUGGCUGGAGUCCAGCAUCUCCAACCUGGUCUUCACCUACUGA